CGCGCCCUCGCAGGAGCACGACAACGCAUUGUCACCGAGGAUCCGAGAGAAAAACUCCAUUGUUGUUGCGAACUUUUUAAUCUGGGGAUUUAAAGCACGUCACAUGCCCAGACGGGGCAGCGGGGCGCUCUACCGUUACAGGCAAACUACUGCGAGAGAGAAAAAAAAAAAAAAGAAAAAUCCAUGUUGGGGAGGAAACUAUUCAUCCUGGAGACACAGACGAAAAAGCAUUUAACGCACAGCGUGUAAUGCCUGCGCAAUUGCGGGGAGUUUAGGAUCGCCGGAGACUUGCUUUUCAAGAGCGCGACCAAGAGGGGAAAAGUUUUUGCUCUCUGGAAAAACCUGACCGCUGGAGAUUCGGGACAAAGAUGACCCACAAGUACAGCCAGCGGUCUUUAAUUGUUCUGUCUUUACUGGGGAUUUUGUCGGCCAUCAUGUCUGUUUUAUCGGUGAUUUUGAUUUUCCAGCUCCAGUCCCAACAGGCGUCGGUGAGGGAGUCUCCCCCUUCCACCUCCUCGGUCAUACCCGCUCACGUCUGGGCCGUCCUGCUGCCGGUCUCUACGGUGCUCUCUGCUCUGUCCCUCACCCUCAAUUUAAGCUCUGUGGCGGUGUGUCUCCUCCACACCUAUUUUUCGACAGAGGUCUGCCGAGGAGAGCGGGACACUGAAAGAGCGGACUGGUUCCUUCUGGAUAGCAGAGCUGUACGACAUGUGGCUAUUGGACUUUUCUGCCUGGGGGUUUCUGUCUACUUGGCAGCUAUGUCCCUCUUUAUGCUCCUAAUAUUUGAGGUGGAGACGGGUAUUGCCAGUGCUUGUGUCCUCUCUUCAGGAAUCCUGAUCCUGCUGGUCGUUGUAAUCCAUUCUCUGGUCAAAGCUUCCCAUAGUGCUAAACACUAUCACAGUGAUCACCUCGACACUCUCUACCAGAAUGACCAUAGAAGCAGCAGCACGCCUGUAUCUCGGCCCUGUGAGCUCAAAAUUGGCGUGGACAAACCGCGGAUGCACCGCAGCCAGUCUCACCUCCAGCACCAGAUCUCCUACCCUCAAUGUGGCAACCCGAGACAGCGAGAACAAUACCAGCAACAGCAGUACUCCCCGGCCGGAGGAUCACAGGGCCCUGCUAGUGAUAAAGAUGGCUACAACAGUGGUGGCAGCUGUCCCCGAAUGCACAGGACCCUGUCUAUUGAAUCUGGUUUACUGCAGGCCCAGGCUAAACCCUGGAAUGGGGUCAACAACGAGAUGAGGAGUGUCCUUGCGCGCAAGUCAGGGAUUUCUGCAAAAGACUCUACUCUUGUGUGACAUAAAGGAGGCUGAGAUUAUGGUUUAAGACACUGAAGAUUUUUAUGUAUGUCAAAAGAGGACUGCUAACACAAGUGUCAUCUCAAACAGACGUAGAACUCUCAUUUUCUAUUAUUUGCCACUCAGCAUGUUUAUCCUGACUGAUUACAGAUGACAUGGGACUGAGAUUGAAAAACAUACCCAUGUUUACACAUCUACACAACUGAUUUCUCCUGUAGAGAUUAUAAAGCAUUUUUAAUUCAGUGAAAAACAUAUUGAACAUACUUUGUAUAAUUUGUAGUGUUUUGUAUCAAUGAACUUGAUUGAAAUCUUAUUAUACACACUACUGUUGUCCAAUUAACAAUCUGGCAAAUUUAUAGCUUUCACUGUAAUAAUGUAAAUACUUUAUUUCACUGUAUAUCGUAGCUUCUCGCCAAAUAUUUGCGCAGAUGUUUUGUUUUUUGUUUCAUAUCAACGUUAAAUAAUUCUAGAAAAUACAAUUCCAUUUAAAAGUAGAAUGAUUUUGGACACUUAAAUGAGACAUUAAAUCAAUGUCCACAAAAUCCUAAAAGGUCCUUUAACUGCACAUUUCAAUCAUUCCUGACUGGCUGACAAAAGAUCCUACCAUCUUAAUAGAGGCCAAAGUGUGAUUUUUUCAUGUCUGGAGGAAUUACUAACCUUGGACACCUCUGUUCAGAGGUCAUGAGGAAGUGGAUGGGGCAUGUGGAGCAGA